AUGAUACCGCCAUCUGGCCACGGCCCAAACACCGGGCUGACCUCAGGUGACACUUCCCUGGGCUCCAUGAACCCACUCCGCACCCACCGUCAGAGACCCCCGAGCCGUAUAUACCCGGUUCUGACCCAUACCGGGUCUAUUGAUGAGGGUCGUUUGAAGGACAUUUGUGGUCACCGCCCAAAACUGGGGGCGCUGCACACGGCCGCAGGUGUAAAGAAAUGGAUCCCCAGCAUCAAACAUGAGAUUGAUUAUUAUUUGGAGCAAUCUCAGCUGAGUCACUAUUCAGAAAGGAAGAUUGAAGAAUUCGAGGGAAAGAUUGAGGCCCUGAAGAAGGAGUAUCAGAGCCAUCUGUGGAAAUUGCGCAGGUUAGACCCGUCCUGCAAGGAACACCCGUGGAAACCCCGAGGGUACACCAGAAAGAGGACCGCGGAUGGCAAAGUGCCGUCAUGGGUGGAGACGGAUGAAACCACUGGCGGGAAAAUACUGUGCACGCCUGUUCUCUCAGAGAGAGCAAAGGAGGAAGACGGAAGUGAUUCCGAGGAGGAAACGCCACAGGAAAGGGUUAAUAAGCCAUCACCACCAUCGCCUCCUGCUCUGACCUGUAUCGAUCCUCAAGUCCAGGAUGCACCUCUCAUCUUCAACAAUGCCAAAUCCAAUCCGAGACACAUCUGGGGAAGAUCGGCUUAUAACACCGGCGGGGAGACGGCAAAAAAGCUCAAAGAUAUUUUGCUUUCAGACCACCCAGAGCAAAACGUCGUCAGCCCUGGAAACAAGAUGGAGGAGGCGGCAGGAGGAGGAGACAUGCCCACCGAUGGGAGGAGCAAAGGGAUUUUAGGGUUAGACUGUUAUACAUCUUCUGAUGAGGAAAGCUAACACUAUAGGGCAGGGGGAA